UUGUGUUUUCCCCCACGUGUGGACCUACGCUGGUAGUGUGCAUUGCGCGCCGGGCUAAGCAUUUGCUGUCCCGGUAUGGAAGACUUUCAGCUCAGUUUGACUGGUCUCCAGGCCAUUGCUCAACGGAGUGGUGGCGAACUUAGCAAGUAUCUUGCCAAGCAGAUAUGGAAUCCACAAGACAGACAAGCAAUUCUCAGUAUUUUAUCUCAGUUAUUGUUGGACAAAGAAUGCACACUGUUGAUUGGGAGACAGCUUCGACCCUUGCUUCUGGAUUUGCUGGAGAGGAAUGCAGAAUCUAUCAAAGCUGGAGGCCAGGUUAACCAUGACUUGCAUGAAAGGUUGUGUGUGGCUAUGAGUAGACUGGUAAACAUCCAUCCUGAUGUUCUCCCAUUUGCAGUGCGGUAUUUUCAAAAGGCCUCACCAGUGUUUCAAAGGCUCUUCUUGGAGAGUUGUGACUCCAGUACUGUUCGAUAUGGGAGGAGGCGCAUGAAACUGCGGGAUUUAAUGGAGGCUGCCUAUAGAUUUUUGCAGCAAGAUAAGUCCUACUUUCGAGAAAUGUGGGACUGGAGCGUUUGUGUGCCCCUCCUUAGAAGUCAUGAUUUGGCAGUUCGCUGGUACACAGCUCAUUGCCUGUCACUGUUACUAGUAUGACUGAUUGAGAAUAAGCAGACUUUAUUGAAGAGAAUGUUUAGUGCAGAUGAGUUAAUACAUUUUAAACUACAGUUGCUGGAUGAGCUGCAGUCACACUAUAUCGAUAGGGGUCUUCUUUUGGUUAACCCGGAUAACCUGUACGUGGCACAGAGAGAGAAAGGCCAGCAGUAUACAACAAUGUCGAUUGUUUCGGGUGAUCUGAGUCCCAGAGAGGUGCCAGUGUGUGGAGUAAUGCUAGCGAAAAAAUGUCUCAAAAAUUCAGAAAAGGAGAAUACUGCAAGUAAGUUGGUGUUGGUGGAGUCUUUUUGUAAACAUCUACACAGCCUUGCUCUUGCAGUAGCCUAUCAAAAUGCUGUACUAUUGGAAGGACCAAUUGGAUGUGGAAAAACUGCUUUAGUAGAGCACUUGGCAGCUGUUACGGAGCGGUUAAAGCCACCAGAUAUUCUAAAAGUCCAGCUUGGUGAUCAGACGGAUAGCAAGAUGUUGCUGGGGAUGUAUCGUUGCACAGAUAUUCCAGGGGAGUUUGUGUGGCAGCCAGGGACGUUAACACAAGCUGUGACAAAUGGACAUUGGAUCCUGUUAGAGGAUAUUGAUUAUGCACCACUGGAUGUGAUAUCUGUUUUAAUACCGGUUUUGGAAAAUGGGGAGUUACUGAUACCUGGAAGAGGGGAUUGCAUAAAAGUGGCUCCUGGAUUUCAACUUUUUGCCACCAGAAGGCUUCUUAGUUCCGGUACUGGUACAUGGUAUCGACCUCAAAAUAGUCAUGCUGCAUUACUGGACAAGUAUUGGACCAAAAUUCAUUUGGACAACAUGACCAGAGGAGAACUGAAAGAGGUACUUCAGAAGCUCUACCCAAGCCUGGGCAUUGUAACCGACAGAUUGUUGGAAAUCUAUAUUCAGCUUACAGGCGACAAGCAUCAGCCUGGGUGCAACUUUGGUCCUGACUCACAGCCAGAAACACAAGGUGCCCAAGAAACCAAACUAGAAAAUAGAAGACUUAACCUUGAAGGCCGAGGCUUAUCACUAAGGGAUUUAUUGAAAUGGUGCAACAGAAUUGUACACAACUUUGACGCAACAUCUCCCAGCACCGCACUAAAUAUAUUCCAUGAGGCUCUGGACUGCUUCACAGCCAUGUUAUCUAAACCAGCAGUAAGACUCAAAAUGGCGGAAGUCAUUGGAAGUAAAUUAAACCUCUCAAAGAAACAGGCCGAGUUUUAUUGUCAACUUUACAAACCUGCCAUUGUGUUAAGGGAAAUGAAUGUCACUGUUGGAAGAGUGGAAGUACUUCGGAAACAAACUGAAACCAUUUAUGUGCAGAGGGAGAAAAUCACCUUUGCAGCCACACAGCCAUCCUCUGUACUGAUUGAGCAGCUUGCAGUGUGUGUUAACAAAGGGGAGCCAGUUUUGUUGGUAGGAGAAACUGGGACUGGCAAAACGUCCACUGUGCAGUACCUUGCUCAUGUGGCAGGUCAACGUCUUCGUGUUGUAAAUAUGAAUCAGCAAAGUGACACUGCAGAUCUCUUGGGAGGCUAUAAGCCUGUCGAUCAUAAACUUAUUUGGCUCCCUUUACGUGAAGGUUUUGAGGAUCUUUUCACACAAACGUUCUCUAAGAAGCAAAACAUAACAUUUCUGGGCCAUGUCCAAACUUGCUAUAGACAGAAGAGAUGGCAUGACCUGCUCAAACUGAUGCAGCAUGUGACAAAAUCUGCAAUGACUAAGGUGCAGAAAUGUGACACUGAAUUUCUUCUAAAAGAAAAAUGGGAGAGUUUCUCACUACGUCUGAACCAAGCCCAGCAGCAAAUGCGAAUGACUGAAAACGCUGUCCUCUUUGCAUUUGUGGAGGGUACACUAGCUCAAGCGGUAAAGAAAGGAGAAUGGAUUUUAUUGGAUGAAAUUAAUCUGGCGGCUGCAGAAACACUUGAAUGUUUGUGUGGUUUACUGGAAGGAUCAUCUGGUUCCCUGGUUUUAUUGGACAGAGGAGAUACAGAACCCUUGGUUCGUCAUUCUGAUUUCCGAUUGUUUGCCUGCAUGAAUCCAGCUACAGAUGUGGGAAAGAGAAAUUUGCCUCCUGGAAUAAGAAACAGGUUUACAGAACUUUAUGUGGAAGAAUUGGAAAAUGAAAGUGAUUUACAGAUACUCAUUACAGAUUACCUUAAAGGACUCAAUUUAAACAAAGCAGUUGUCCAAGGAAUAAUUAGCUUUUACUUGUCCAUACGCAAGAAGGCUAAUGCUGAGUUAGUUGAUGGCACAGGACAUCGGCCUCACUACAGCUUGCGCACACUGUGCAGGGCCUUGAGAUUUGCUGCUGCAAACCCCUGCUGCAACAUUCAGCGCUCAUUAUAUGAGGGCUUUUGUCUUGGCUUCCUGACGCAACUAGACAGAGCUUCCCACUCUACAGUUCAAAAUCUGAUAACUCGUCAUAUUAUUCAGGGAAACAUAAAGAACCUCUUUAAGCAGCCUUAUCCAAAACCUUGUGGUGGUGAGUUCUUGCAGAUAGAAGGUUACUGGAUUCCAGUGGGAGAUAUGGAUCCUGUAAGAGAUGAAACCUAUAUACUUACCUCUUCUGUGGUAAUGAAUCUCAGAGACCUUACAAGAGUAGUGUCUGCAGGAACCCACCCAGUGCUGAUCCAGGGAGAAACUUCUGUAGGGAAAACCAGCUUAAUUCGCUGGUUGGCAUGUGCAACUGGAAAUCAUUGCGUCAGAAUUAAUAACCAUGAACACACAGAUAUCCAGGAGUAUAUUGGUUGUUAUACUUCAGACGCCUCUGGAAAGCUUGUUUUUCAAGAAGGAGUUCUAAUUGAUGCAAUGAGAAAAGGAUAUUGGAUAAUUUUGGAUGAGUUAAAUUUAGCACCAACCGAUGUACUUGAAGCCCUCAACAGACUGUUAGAUGAUAAUAGGGAGCUUUUCAUCACUGAAACCCAGGAGGUGGUAAAGGCACACCCUCGGUUCAUGCUCUUUGCUACUCAGAACCCACCUGGCAUCUAUGGCGGUCGAAAGGUGCUGUCUAGGGCAUUUCGAAACCGAUUUGUAGAACUACAUUUUGAUGAAUUGCCAAGCACAGAGCUGGAGACUAUCUUGCACAAACGAUGCAGCCUUCCUCCAUCUUACGCCAGCAAAUUGGUUGCAGUCAUGUUAGAUCUUCAGUCCCACAGAAGAGGAUCGUCUGUAUUUGCUGGAAAGUAUGGCUUCAUAACACUACGUGAUCUCUUCAGAUGGGCUGAUAGAUACAGGUUAUCUGAGCAAACUGAAAAAGACUAUGACUGGCUUCAACAUUUAGCAAAUGAUGGAUUCAUGCUUCUGGCUGGCAGAGUAAGGAAGCAAGAAGAGGUGGAUGUUAUUCAACAAGUCAUAGAAAAGCGCUUUAAAAAGAAAAUUGAUCUGCAGACUCUGUUCUCCAAAGGAAGUGUAGAGCGCCAGUUAAGCGGUUUUCAAAGUAGUGUUGUGGACUGCAAUUUUCCCCACAUAGUGUGGACACAGGGGAUGAGGAGACUAGCUAUACUUGUUGGGAGAGCUUUGGAAUUUAAUGAGCCCAUUCUUCUCGUGGGUGAUACAGGAUGUGGCAAAACAACAAUCUGCCAGAUAUUUGCUGCUCUAUCAAACCAAACGUUAUAUUCUGUAAACUGCCACCAGCAUAUGGAGACCUCUGACUUUCUUGGUGGACUACGGCCAGUCAGAAAUAGGUCCAAAGACGACAAUGAUGGAGUGGAGUGUUCCAAACUAUUUGAGUGGCAUGAUGGACCCCUGGUGUUGGCCAUGAAAGAAGAUGGGUUCUUCUUGAUGGAUGAAAUUUCUCUAGCAGAUGAUUCUGUAUUAGAGAGGCUUAACAGUGUCCUUGAAGUAGAGAAGAUCUUGGUGUUGGCUGAGAAGGGAAGUGCUGAGGAAGAUGAUGAAGUUGAACUUUUGACUGCUGGGAAGAAGUUUAGAAUUCUAGCGACCAUGAAUCCUGGAGGGGACUUUGGCAAAAAGGAGCUCUCUCCUGCCCUGCGCAAUAGAUUUACAGAGAUCUGGUGUCCUCAGAGCAAUGAUCGUCCUGAUCUUGUUGAGAUUAUCAAGCACAAUCUGCACCAAGGAUUGUUCCUUGGUUUUUCAGAUUCUGAUAUAGCUAACCUUAUGAUGGACUUCAUUGAAUGGCUGACAAUCCAAGACUUUGGUCGUCGAUGUAUUUCAAGUAUUAGAGACAUCUUGGCAUGGGUGAACUUCAUGAACGUUAUGGUGGUAGAAAAAGUUAUGUCAGAAGAUGAGCCCUACAAAUCACCUCUCAGCGCUGUCAUGGCCUUUAUACAUGCUGCAUGUCUUGUGUAUAUUGACAGCUUAGGGUCGGGUGCUACGUAUUCUUCUGAUUCUGCCCUGUCAGCUCGAAAUGAGUGCAUGAGGUUUUUGAGAGAGAAGCUCUCUUCAUUAGUCAACACUACUGAAGAUGUGGAGGCUGAGCUAAACAUUUAUGAUCACACAAUGCAAAAAAAAAUAACUUGGACUCAAAGUUGUUUUGGAAUUCCACCAUUUUAUAUACCAAAAGGUCCAUCUUUCCAGGAAAGCAGUGUGAGUGGUUAUGCAUUGGAUGCAGGCACUACCUCCAUGAAUGCACAGAGACUGCUACGUGCAUUACAACUAAACAAACCUAUUCUUUUGGAGGGGUCACCAGGUGUGGGCAAAACCAGUCUGGUCACAGCAUUAGCCAAGGCAUCUGGAAACACUCUUGUUCGCAUUAACCUAUCAGAACAAACGGAUGUGACAGAUUUGUUUGGUACAGAUCUGCCUGUUGAAGGAGGAAAGGGAGGAGAGUUUGCCUGGCGAGAUGGGCCUCUUCUUUCUGCUUUGAAAUCUGGGCACUGGAUUGUACUAGAUGAACUGAAUCUUGCUUCCCAAUCGGUGCUGGAAGGGCUGAAUGCUUGCUUUGACCAUCGUGCAGAGGUUUACAUCCCAGAACUAGGGAUGAGUUUUCCUGUACAACACAAGAAGACUAAAAUCUUUGGAUGCCAGAAUCCUUUUCACCAAGGUGGAGGCAGAAAGGGACUCCCGCGAUCUUUCUUGAACAGAUUCACACUUGUGUAUGUGGAUCAGCUUUCCACAUCUGAUAUGGAAUUCAUCGCAAACACCCUCUUUCCAGCCAUCGACAAAAUUGUUAUUGCUAAAAUGGUUGCCUUCAACAACCAGCUUGACAAGGAAGUCAUGGUAGAAAGAAAAUGGGGUCAUAGAGGAGGACCAUGGGAGUUUAACCUCCGUGAUUUAUUUCGCUGGUGCCAACUUAUGCUGGAGGACCAAUCAUCUGGUGGCUAUGAUCCAUCCCAGCAUGUAUUUCUGGUCUAUGGAGAGAGAAUGAGAACUAAAGAAGACCGGGAAAAGUUUGCUUCUGUGUAUAAGGAGGUGUUUGGUCGUGACAACGCUCCUUAUUUGGGAACUCGACAGUUUCACAUUACCCUUAACCAAGUACAGGUUGGUUAUUCAGUCCUUCCACGUAGUUCUGAAUUGUCUUCUGCUACCUAUGGGUGUCUUUCUCUCCUUCACCAUUCCCUCCAGUCAAUAGAACCAAUUAUGAAAUGUGUGCAGAUGAACUGGAUGGUCAUACUGGUGGGGCCUGCAGCAGCUGGAAAGACUAGCCUUAUUCAGCUCCUUGCACUUCUGACUGGCAACAGAUUGAAGGUCAUGGCAAUGAACAGUGCCAUGGAUACUACAGAGCUUUUGGGAGGUUUUGAGCAGACCGAUAUCAACAGGCCGUGGCAGGAGCUUCUGGAAAAUGUAGGCAGUGCGUUGACUACUUUGGUGAGGGACUGCCUCCUGGCAACCGAUGUCUCUCCAGAUGACACUGAAAACCUGUUACGAGCCUGGAGCAGUUUCAAUAUUAAUUUCAAACCCAAAUCUAUAGGUGAAGGCGGAAGGGGCAUUACCACCAAUCUUCUGAACAAACUAGAAGAGCUUAUUUUGCUUAUUCAGAGGUCUAACAUCAGACUGAACUCAUUCUCAAAAGCAGAUUUUGCUGCAAUUGUAGAGAAUUUCCACCGCUUUAAAGAGCAGCUUCUACAGUCUGUGGAAGGACAGAGCACUGGAACAUUUGAGUGGGUGGAUGGAAUGCUGGUACAUGCUCUUCAGUCUGGGGACUGGUUAUUAAUGGACAAUGUCAACUUCUGUAGUUCCUCUGUGUUGGACCGAUUAAAUGCAUUGUUGGAACCAGGAGGUGUUCUUACCAUGACUGAACGAGGAGUAGUAGAAGGAGCCACCCCUACUAUUAAACCUCAUCCAAACUUUAGAUUAUUCCUUUCAAUGGAUCCUUCCCAUGGAGAAAUAUCAAGAGCCAUGAGAAACCGUGGUGUUGAGGUUUAUAUCUCAGGGGAAACUAAUGGAGCAUUUUUGGACCCUCUUGAUGUCAAGACGUUGUUACGUAAUAGUGGAUUGGUGGGGGAUAGUGUAUGUGAUGCUUUAGUGGAGGUGCAUUCUGAAAUCCAAGAAACAAUUAUGGGUUCUCCAUGCAGUUCCCUUUCUUCUUUACUACAUGCUGCCACGUUAAUUUCCCAGCAGCUACAGAGAGGUGUUGUGCUUGGAAAGGCAUUUCUCGGAGCUUGCAGUGAGGCAUUUGUCUUCAUUCAAAACUCUCCCGAAAGCCAAAAGCAAGUCAAGGAGAUUCUACUAAGUAAGAUUUCUACAAUGACAAACUUAGGAGGAUCUUUGUUAGCGCUGGGAGAGUGGCCAGUUUGUGUGCCUUCUGCACAGUUUUCUUCCGAUGAUGCCAUCUUGUCAAGCAUUCUAAGAGAUGGACAAAUCUUGGUAUACACUCUAAAUAAGCUAAGCCUACGCAAUAGCAGGACAUUUCCCCUUACCCUGCAAGAUCUUCAGCUGAUUGCUCAGUCCUCUCGCACAGACAAUUUGCAGUUCAAUGCUGUUCAGUUAGAGUCCCAUUGGUUGGAUGAUCCUGAUGUCAUUCAGCCUUCUAUCCAACUAGUCACUGAAAAAGCAACAUCUUCGGAUUGGAUGCUAAGAGUGCGAUGGCUCAGUCACCUGGCCAAGAACUUGCCUGCUGAGCUAGAUCAGAUACGUGCAGAAAUUGAUGCAGGAGCACAUGCUUUGGGCAGACUAUACUCCAGUUCUCUUCUUAAGGAAACUUGCACUGUCAUGAAACGACUGCAGAGCAGCAUUGCAGAUAGUAACGGUAUCCCAUUGGAUGCACGAUGGAACAUGCAACUCCUGAACAAGGUUACCAAUUCUGUAAGCUUUGAAAAAGGAAGAGAAGCUGUUGACAUUUUAAACAGUCUGGCAAACAGGGCAAUUCUACUCACCCAUAGAGUACGACAAGCCUAUGUUGAAACAAACAGAACAAAGAAAUUAAAGCAAACUAGUACAUUAAGAAUUGCAGCUGAAUUUCAUAAAGAUCCAUCUGUCCACCAGAAUCUUCCUCAUCCUGUGGUGGCCCAUCUCAUAGCUUUCUUUGAACUCUGGGAUAUGUUGGUUUGUGAGUGUCUUGAGUACAGUCAAACAUCACUGACCGAUGAUGCAGCUGAUAAGGCAUUGUGUUGCCUGCAGUGGCGUGAUAGGUUCAGGACGGUGACUGAAAAUGUGUCAAUUGACUCUGGAGGCUUAGCUGUUAUGUCCUUUCAUUGGAACUGGGUUGUUAAACACACACUGAGCCAUAUUCCACAGAUAUUCCUGCACUGUAAGCAGCAAAGGCUUUUCCAAGAGGUUCAGUCUGUGUCCAUGCACAUUAGUGAGUGUCUAUCAUCCUCAUCUGGGGCUCCUGAUAAUGUCAAGCUCCUUCAGAAUACAUUGGGAAGACCACUGCCUUACAAGGAGUCUUCUGUGGUACAGGCUGUUCAGAAGUUAAAAGCUCUUUGUGUCGCCCUUGAUACAUUGGAGUUGAGACCGGUUAACGGAGAUGGCAGAUCACAGCAGGAACUCUGUACACUAAAAGCAGCUUGCUCAGCGGGGGACAUAAAAUCCAAAAUAUUGCAAGCCUGGGGCCUUAUUCUGCAAGCUAACCAUCAGGAUGCAGUCAAUACUGAUAAUUUGAUUGCAUCUAUAGAAUCUCAAUGUGCUGAUUUAAAGAGGCUUGAAGUUGUUUUUUGUCCUACUGAGAUUCCUCAAGACGACUCUUCUGCUACACAAAUCAGCAUAGAAGAAUUAACCUUGAUUUCAAGUAAAGUUCAGAUGUGGCCUGGCAUGGAGUAUCUGAUGCUAAUGUGGCAAUAUAAGGUCACUGCUGAUCUGCUGGCUCACUUUUAUUAUGCAAGGAAGAACCUACAGUCUGACCUUCACAAUUUUGUAUCUUUCUGCUUGAAGCACACACCUGUUUCCCCGGAGAAAUUUCGAGCACAUUGGCACCUUAUACAACAGCCUGAGUUGAGCUCAGGCAGUAUUACGCUCUUGUGGUCUGAGCUGGCGGCCAGUGUAUUUUCAUCCUUCUGGAAUAGCACAAUAACCACCGAUCCAGAUUAUUGGUCAUCCUGGAAUCUUGCUCCUUCAGGAGAAGGAAAAAUGCUUAAAACACUUAUGGAACCUUCUGUGAAGGGUCCUGGUAUUUUAAACAAGGCUGUCUUCUCAAAAUGCUUCUGUGAAGUUCUGACAAGUAGCAACAAGGCUAUACCUUGGGAUGUGAAUGGGCUUCCUCUACUCUUAUCGUCCCAUGUGUCUUUAGGAGAGUGGGUGGAAAGAGUAAAUCAACUGCAAGACUUAAGUUCAGUGCUAUGGAGCAACAUGGCUCUCUCUUCUGCAGCUAACUUCAGGAGCACAGAUUCCAAGCUUCAAGGCCUUCUCUUAUAUCAUCUAUUUGUAGCUCUCAAAGACAUUGUCCCAAAAAGCCUUCAGGAAGAGUUUCUACAGUAUUGUGAUCAUCUGCCCACCAAAGAUUUGUCUGCCUAUCACUAUAUUCAGGAUGUUAUGAGAGAGUGGAUGAGUCAGAAUCGGCUUCCAGAAGAUACCCUCAAGCUCUGGCUUGCUUGUUUACAACAAUUCUAUGAAGAUGUAGACGGCAUGGUACAGAUGUCAGAAACUGCCCAAAGAGGAGUUUUAUGGGUGAAUAUGGGCUUACUGCAGUUAAAUAUUUGGCUACCUCAGACCCUUUUUGAUCCUGCCGUAAAGAGAGAAUGCAAGCUAAAAUAUGCACAAGAAGAGUUGAAUCAGCUGGAGUGUGAGUGGAAAACAAGAAAUCUGUCAUCAAGUCUGCUCACAGGAAAGGAACUUGAUGAUGCAACCUUGAAAAAACACCUUCAUCCACAUAUCAGUCUACUGCUGCAGAGGAUACAAAAACUGAAAAAGCAAAUACAUAAUCUGUCCAGGAAACAGGCCUACCGUCCCAAAAGUCCUACCUACAAUAGUUUAUAUCAAGAUGUGCAUCACUACGUUGCCAGUAUUGCUAAGGCCUCUUCUGUCCAGGACUUUGCUGCCCGUCUGAUGAAGCCCCUUAAUGGGAAGGGCCCCAAAUCACGCCAAGGUCUACAGAAUCUCUUGUCAGAGGAAGUCACAUGGCAGCAAUCACAUCACACGUUUAGGAAGCGCUUAUCAGAGGAAUACUCACUUUAUCCUGAUUUGGUGACUCCUUUGCAGUCAGCGAUUUUACAGAUGCAGCAUGGCAUGAGGCUUAUUGCAUCAGAACUCUACAUUUUCAUGAACAGUUCUCUCAUACCCCCAAACAAAAUAACAAAUAUAGUAACUUCAUUGUUGGCAUUCCCGUCUAUUUCUGAGUCAUUUCCAACCUACUUCUCUCAUGCGGAUUCAUUGUGUUCUGUGGGCUCCCUAGACUUCCUGAAAAGCCUUAAAAAACUGUCUCAGAAAUACCCCUGCAAGGACCGUCAAGGAGGUAGAGAGUUGAGCUGUUGCCUCACAAAAGAGCAGUUGCUGGUUAACAGCUUGCUCUUCCUACGUUCCCAUGUCCUCUCCAAAGGAGAAAUGGAUCAAAAGUCUUUAAAACUUUUCAGACACAUAUGCCAGGCUAUAAAUAAUGAGUGGGAUGAACAAGAACGACUUGGAAGGGAGAAAGAACAGCAAGAGAGCAGCCUGUACAAAUAUAAGAGCAAAAGCCAUGGGACAGGCCUUUCUGAAGAGGAAGAGGAGGAAAGGGAAUUCCACAUGAGGUUUCCACUCUAUGAAAAGGAUUUUGCUGAUAUUACAGUUCAACCAAGUCUUGAAGGCCAAAUGGAAACGGAGACCACAGAGGACCAAGAAUCAGACCUUUCUACUUUGAUGUCUCAAAGCUCAAUGAAGACUGUGAUGCUCGUACAUCAGCAGGUCUGCUUAGGCACUGCCAGGUCACUGUGGUAUCGCCAGAGCCCACCGCAGCACCAAGCCAAACAUUACCUUGGCACUUUCCUUUCCUGCUACCAGAGCAGUGCUGCACUGAUCGAGCAUCUGUACCCUCUCGUCGAUGCCGACCUUAAUGACCACCUUCUUGGUAGCCAGUUGCUGGUUAGCACUGUUCUUCAGAAUACUAUAUCUGGAAAUAUUACCUCAAACCUAAUUCUGCAACAUGAGAGUCCGUAUGAUUUUUAUCAACAUCCAAACAUCCAGCAGAUUCAGCAGUGUCGACAUGUGCUGAAGCAGUUUGCUACAAACGUUAACAAGUUGCUAGAGGAAUGGCCAGAGCAUCCUGCACUGUUACAGGUGCUUGUAGUAAUAGAACGUAUCCAAGGAUUCCCACUUUCCAGUCCUCUGUCAAAGUUCCUAUAUGGUUUAGAGAUUCUUCUAGCCAAAUCUCAAGACUGGGAAGAGAUUGCUAGCCGCACCUUGUCUUUGGGGAAGAACCUUGAAGAAAUCACCCAGCUGAUUAUCCAGUGGCGCAAAUUGGAAUUAAACUGUUGGUCCAUAAAUUUUGACAAUGUUGUCCUGAGACAUGCGCAAAAUUCUGCCAGACAUUGGUUUUCUAUUUAUCAGAUGGUUGAAAAAUAUCUGCAGAGUGAACAAGAACAAGAGGGUGGUGAAGAGCUGACAUUGCAGUCCAUUGUGAAGACACUACAAGCAUUUAUAGAGGGCUCCAGUCUGGGGGAAUUUCAUGAGCGACUUCAUGUAUUGCUCGUUUUCCAUUGCCAUAUACUGCUUGCGCCUCAGGUGGAGGCAAAAGUUCCUCUCUGCAGCAUAUUUUGGCAUCUGUACAAUUAUUACAAGCAAUUCUCCUCAUCUGUCCAAGCCAAAAUCACGGAAUCACGUCAACCUCUUGAAAAGGAACUAAAGGAUUUUGUAAAGAUUUCCAGGUGGAAUGAUGUCAGUUUUUGGUCAGUGAAGCAGUCAGUGGAAAAAACCCAUCGAACCCUCUUUAAGUACAUGAAGAAAUUUGAAUCUGCCCUUUGUGCGCCAUGCUACCCUGCUCUCAUUGAAAGUGUUCAGGAGGAGCCGUCUGAUGCUAAAGGAAACAUGAAACAGCAUCUGAAUUUAGUUUUUUGCAGUACAUUAACAAGAACUGACAACACACCGCUUACAUCUGGAGAGGGCUUGGAACAGGAGUUUUAUGCAACCGAAUCUCUUCAAUGGCGUCUUCCCAAGCUGACUAAAAAAAUGAAGAAACUUUGUGGUGCAUUUAUAAAGAAAAACACAGUGCCCAGUUUAUUUGAAAGUCUUAAUGAUUUCACAGAGGGAAUCAUUGAUUCACUGAAAGAGCUUCAAAACCUGUCGGUUGAUCAGACUGCUGAAAAGGACAAACAGAAGUCUGAGGCUAAGCACAUCCUCAUGCAGAAACAGAGGGCACUGUCAGAACUUUUUAAAUCGCUCUCCAAAACAGGUUUAUCAUACAGGAAAGGUCUUCACUGGAAGCAAAAGUUAGACAUUAAAGAUAUACUCAGCCUUCAUCCACUGGAUCUGCACAGUGCAGUGUCUGUUUCAAAUACUACACUUGAGGCUGAUGCCGGGUUACUGACUGAUAUCUCAUUGACUUGGGAUGGGUGUCAGAAGUAUUUCUACAGAUCUCUUGCACGCAAUUCAAGAUUGGAUGCUGCAUUUGCAACUCCUUCUAAGGAGCUUGGUUUAGGAAACAUUGAAAGAUGUAAAGGCUUCACUGGCCACCUCCUGAAGGUUCUGGUGAAACAGAGGAGCUCUCUUACUGCCCUCACUGAGCAGUGGGUCACAAUAAGAAAUCUUGUCAGUUGCGUGGAAGAGAUCAGUUCCAGAACAACAGGGCCUAAUGACUACAGGAUUGCUCUGCCACCACAGGAGGGUGUCCACCAGUGGUUAGAAAGGCUGCAACAUCUCGCUAUGCAGUGCACAAUGAUUCUGGAACAGCUGUCCUGGUUUUUUGAAUGUUGCCCCACUCAAAAUACAUCAGAGAGCAAUAUGCACAGUAGCAGCCAAACAGCAAGUGACACUUGUGCCACUAUCACCGAUGGGAACAUUUUAUCAAUAGAGCCGAGCUACCCAUCCCCUGUAGCUGCAAACUUAUUACCACCUGCUUGCACCAUGAGGAAAACUGACCAGGCCUGGCAACAGCUGAGCUCUCGAGUAGCCAAUAUGUUAACACAAAUGAAAGCAACAAAAACUUCUGUAGACGAGAUCAAACAGCAGUCUUCUGAUAUACAGUUUUACUCUUGGAAAGAUUUUGAGACAUGCGCUGCAGGAGUGGAUGUCAUGCAACAGGUGUUUGUCGACCUGCGGGAAGUGGAGUCACAAUUUGUUCUUCCUGAGGUGGAGAUGACAGAAGCAGCGCAGCACAUGCCUCUUCUCAAGAGUCUUCACUACAUAAGAGAAGAAAUUCGUACAGUUGUAAGAGAAUUCACAGUGUGGAAAACUCACCUGCAUUCUGAGGGUGCCGCCAAAAGGAAUAGAUCAUCGGAUGAAAGAUUUGUUGAAGAUUACUCUGAGAAAGUAGAAUCAACCAUCAAGGCUCUUCUAUGUGCUGUUCAAAGUCUUGUACAACAGAGGAGCAAGCAGGAGUCAGAGGAGGGGAGAAACACAGAAGAUGAAGAACAGACAGUGGAAAUGAUCCAGCAAGGCCUUAUUACCAGUCUACUGACAGAAGAUCUCGGCAGAGACCUGAAAGCCCUUCAUGUGCAGAAUAUAAUUUCAUCAGUCUCUGAGCUCCUAGGAAGGUUAAAGACAUAUGGUGAAGACUGCAUAAGGAAUAAGUACAUGUUUUUCAACCAGUGCUGCAGCUUCCUUGUUCGCCUGUUGCCUAUGCUGACAACAUAUUCAAAUCUUAUAAUGUUUUACCUCACAAUGUCUCUGGCAACACACAGAAGUACAGGCAAAUUACUUUCUAUUUUGGCUUCUCUUUUCACAGAUCUGGCUCAGAAGGGGUUCUGCCUCCCUAGGGAAUUGAUUGAGGAUGCAGAAGGUGAGGGAGCAACAGAGUUUCAUGACUAUGAGGGUGGUGGCAUUGGAGAAGGAGAAGGCAUGAAGGAUGUCAGUGAAAAGAUUGAAAAUGAAGAUCAGAUUGAAGAUACCUUACAGAAAGGUCAGGACAAAGAGAAAGAAGAUCAAGACUCUAAGCCAAACAUAGAACAGGAAGACAAUGCUAUUGAGAUGUCAGAAGAUUUUGAUGGCAAGAUGCAUGAUGGAGAACCUAAAGAGGAGGAAGAUGAAAGGUCAAACAGUGAUGAGGAAGAAGAUCUGGAUAAGCAGAUGGGAGAUCUUGGAGAUAAUGAAGCUGAUAAGUUAGAUGAAAGGCUGUGGGGAGAUGAUGACGAUGACUUAGAAGAAGAGGAGGAAAACGAUAAAACAGAAACUGGACCUGGAAUGGAUAUGGGUGAAUCUGAGCUUGUUGCCAAUGAUGAUAAUCAAGAUGCAGGCAACAAAAACAAAGAGGAAAAGAAGCAGCAAGAUCACCCGGCUGAUGAUGAAAAAGAUGAGCAGAGAGAAGAGGAUGGUCAGAAGGAAAAAAUACAUGAACAGAUGGAUGAGCGUGAAUAUGAUGAAAAUGAGGUUGAUCCUUAUCAUGGCAAGCAGGAAAACCAACAAGAGGUUGAGCCUCUGGACCUUCCUGAUGACCUCAACCUAGAGAACGAAGAGGGCAAACACAGUGGUGAUGAGGAGGAAGGGGAAGACAAAAAUCCUCUUGACAUAGAGGAGAAACCAAUGGAUUUAGCGAAUGGAGAAGAUGGUCAAACUAAAGAAGAAGAAAAAUCUGACGAGGUAAAACCAGAAGAGGGGCAAGAAGAAGUAGAUAAAGAAACGCCAGAAGAUAAAGCGGAAGGGGAGGAGAAUACACAGGAAGGGGAUAAGCAAGAGGAAGAGCCUUCUGCACAAGAUGAAGCAGAGCCUGUGGAAGGGGAGGAAAAGGAUUCUGCUGAGAAAGAGGAGAAUGCACUGCCAGUAGACAGAGGCCUCCUGCCUCAGAUUGAAGACCAGGAGAAAAAGCCUGAUAAUGAUGAGGAGGUACUGGAUUCUGCAGAGAGAAUGGAACAUGAGACCUCUGGACAAACUGCAGAAGACAACUUACAAAGUGAGAGUGCAGCAGAGCUGGCAGGUGCUGCUUCAGAAAAGGAUCAAGCCAAAGAGGAUCACGGUACUGGAACAGCUGAUGCUAGUCAGUCUGAAGGACACGAGUCAAAAUUAAUGGCACGUUUAGCAUCUCAAAAGCAGAGUGCUAGAAGCACACAGAGCUUCAAGCGGAAACCAGGUCAUACUGAUGAGGAGCGAUCCAUGGGAGAUCAGAGUGAUCAGGUUCAAAAGCGUCUUCGGACUAUGGAAUCUAGCAGUGACAUGACAGAAAGCACCACGCAGCCUGAAGAGAGAGUGCAGGAGGCGGAUGCCUAUGAACACAUCAAGCCAGGCGCAGAAUCCUAUGAUGCACAGACAUACGAUGCUGCAAGCAAAGAGCAGGAGAGAACGGCCCAGCCUUCUAAUGAGGUGGAGGAGAAAAACCAAAAUGAGGAUGAAGCUAUGGAAACGGACCUACGGGAAGAUGAAGCCCUUGAGGCUGUCAAUGUGGACCAAUUGAUGCCAGAAAAACUGACCUCAAGUGACAUAAAAACAAAGGGGCCUAAAGAAACUGAGCUGGAGAUGCAAGGUAUGAAUUAUAAAGAGGAUGAGGAGCUCACUGAAGAACGUCCUGUAUAUGAAGAAAAAGACAAGCCGGAGAGAACCACUGAAUCAACUAUACACACUGCUUAUGAAUUUCUAAAGGAAAAAGCACUGCAGGUUCCCCAGAAUCCUGAUGAAUUGAGGUUUGAACUAGAACAGCAGCUAGCAGCAUGGCAGACACAAUCAUUUGGGACCUACGAGGAGGAAAAAGCUGCAGCUGAGAUGUGGCAGCGUUACCUCACCCUGACUGCACAACUUUCACAGCAGCUUUGUGAACAACUUAGGCUGAUACUGGAACCUACACAGGCAGCCAAGCUGAGAGGAGACUUCAGGACUGGAAAAAGAUUAAAUAUGCGCAAAGUGAUUCCGUACAUAGCCAGUCAAUUUAGAAAAGACAAGAUUUGGCUGCGAAGGACAAAACCAAGCAAACGGCAGUAUCAGAUAUGUAUAGCCAUUGAUGAUUCUUCCAGUAUGGUGGACAAUCACUCCAAACAGCUUGCAUACGAAUCCUUGGCUGUCAUUGGCAAUGCUCUCUCCCUUCUUGAAGUUGGCCAGAUUGCUGUGUACAGCUUUGGAGAGACUGUCAAGCUGUUACACCCCUUCCAUGAGCAGUUCAGUGAGCAGUCUGGAUCGAAGAUACUCAGUCUCUGCAAAUUCCAGCAGAAGAAAACUUUAGUUGCCCAGUUCCUGGAAUCCUCUGCACAUAUGUUUGUUGGUGCACAACAGCUGUCCCAAAGCAUCAAUUCAGAAAUUGCUCAGUUGCUGCUGAUCGUGUCUGAUGGAAGAGGAUUGUUUGUGGAAGGGAAAGACCGAGUUACAGCUGCAGUUCAGAAAGUCCGCAAUGCCAAUAUCUUUGUUAUAUUUGUGAUUUUGGACAACCCUAAAUCUAGGGAUUCUAUCUUGGAUAUUAAAGUACCAAUUUUUAAUGAGGCUGGAGAAAUGUCUAAAAUAAUAUCUUACAUGGAACAAUUUCCAUUCCCAUUCUACAUAAUUCUUCGAGAUGUGAAUGCCCUUCCAGAAACCCUUAGUGAUGCCCUUAGACAAUGGUUUGAAUUGGUGACUACGUCAGAGCAUUCCUAAGGAAAGCAGGUUUCAGUAUGGUAGAACUUCAUGGCCACUUGAACCUAAAACAUCAGAGAUCUACAACCCUUGGACUAACUUUAAUAAGUUGUUUUAUUGUGUCUUGUUGCCCAGCUCAGUUUCAUUUAAUUGAUGCAUUAAUGGUGAAAUUCUAUGCAAGGAUCUGUGACACAAUUUACCUCUUGUGUACAUAUAGAAAAAUGUUAUACCGUCUGCUAUUAAAAAGAAUACUGUGUAUAAAUAAAACACUGUUAUAACUUACAAUUAUUCUAAAUAAGAUAAAGGUUGUAUAUUGAAUGAAUGUGAAAAAUGGUCAUGAUAGAAUACCAAAGUUGCAAAAAUUUAAGUUAAUAUUUAAGUCAACAAAGAACCAACCUCUUAUUGAGCCAACAUAUGUAGUCACUACUUGAAUCCAUUUCAUUAGGAAACAGCAACAAGUUGUUUGUUCUUAUUUUGUUUUAUUUACUGUUCCAUGUUGAGAAUUUGUUGCUCAAGAGAUACUGUGAAGUCUGUACAUGUUGUACAAUAUUAAUUUGGAUUUCAAUAAAUGAGUUUUUGUCUGAACCCUUGUAGCCAAGGUUGGAAAAAUAUCCAUCAAGUGAAAAGGAAUAAAUCCUAGUUUCUUUCUAGUACUUCUGCAUGUUUUUUUACUAACUACGAUUGGUGGAAAUUUCAAUCCCUUGCAAUAUCUAUGCAACCUGAUCAAGUAAGGUUUACCAGAGUAAGAAGAUCUGUGCAAAUGUCUGCAUCAGAAUAUUGAGAGGGGCUUGGUUAAUAAUCUGCCCCAUGGGUUUGCAGUAAAUACAUUUUGAAACUAAAGUUUGGUUCUGCACUGUACCGUACAUACUAAGGUUAAUUAUUUAAGGUUGUAAGUCUCCUUAGAGUGUGAGUUACAUAGUUAACUAGAUUGGUAGGUUGCCAGAACCUUAUGUUAGACCUUUUUCGUUCUAUAAAAAAAAAUGUAGUUAUAUUUUGAACCUACUGUUUUCAUGUGAUCUUGUAAAGGAGAAAUUAGAUGGUUUGUUUAAAAACCCUGUGGUUUCACUUUGGAGUUAGACAUUAAGUGACCUCUCUGCAGACACCUUUGUCAAUACAUAUAACAUCAACGUAAGAUCAGAAUGAUAUUAUAAUGAUAUUAUAAACAACUCAUUUUUCCUUUACUUGCCAAUGGCUUUGGUUUCACUUGAUGUAAGACAUACAACACAGCUGAUCCAUAAAAACCUGUAAGAAGGUACUGGUUGCUAGUACUUACAUCAUACACUAGAUAAAGCUUUAACUAUAUACUGUUUUAUUAAGCUGUGUGAUCCCUCGAUUAUUGCAAUUAGUGUUCACCAGCUCAGGAGCCUUUAAGAAAAACCAAAACAGAAUUGCAAAUGAAGAUUUAAUUUGUUUUUUUCGUGUUUCAUGUUGUUAGACUCCGUAAAUGUUUCCAUCUUAAUAUUAAUAAAAAAAAAAAAAUUUGUUAGUGCAAAUUGAAAUAACUAAGAAAUAACAUGUAUAUCAAGGUAUCUGCUUAAGAGCAGUAUGUUAUCUUUGUUAGCCAUUUGAUAUAGAUUUGUUAAUAAAGAAAUAGCUUUUUGUUAUUA